AUGCCUGCCCCUCAAGUCAACGGCGAUGUGUCAAACCACAUCUCAUCCGCCUUCCUCCAGCAUCUGCUCUCGUAUCCCCUGGUCAGCGACAGUAUUCACACCGUGACCUCCAACGAACUCGCGCAAAAGUCCAUCAAGCUCGGAGACUCUGCUUAUCGAACCUUCGCAGCCCCUGUGCUCCCCUACCUCUCCAAACCCUAUGGUCUCAUCUCUCCCUACUUCCAAAAGGCCGACUCCCUCGGCGACCAGACCCUGGACCGCAUUGACGAGCGCUUCCCCAUUGUCAAGAAGCCCACUGGCGAUCUCUACAACGAGACGCGUGGCCUGAUUCUGCUUCCCUACCAGAAGGGCCUCGAGGGCAAGGAGCACGUCUUCAAGGUCUAUGCUUCCGAGCUUAAGAAGCUCGAGCAGGACGGCGUAGUAGCCCAGGGCAAGGCUGCUGUCUCAACCGCCUUUGUCGUCAGCAACGAGACGCUGGCCUGGUUGAGCAACUUGGUUGCCGUCAAGAAGGCCGAGGCCUCUGACGCCACCAAGGAGAAGAUCAACCAGUAG